CGGCUGUUACCAACCUCGAACAGUUACAUUGGCAAUAGCAGCCCCUGGUGGCACAGGGAUGAUUUUCUUUUAUUGGUGACCUAGGUGCUUUGGAACUUGUAGUCUCAGGAAGACCCUGUGUUUAAAAACAAAAUUCAACUGAGUAAAUUUUAAAGAUUUUACUGGCUUUAUGCAAUGAUUCAUGAAUCAGGCAGCAUCCAAGGAGCUGUACAAAAUGAAAGAUUUUUAUAGACAGAAGGGAACGGGAACAUGGAGGCUAUAUUAGACAAAAAAGAAGGUUGGUUAUUACAAGGUCACCUUCAUUUAGGGGAUGGCAGGGAUCUAUCAGUUUACCUAGCUAGUGUUGAUUAGGAGAUUCCUGAUGGGUAAUUGUCUCAGUUUGGUGAUGCGGAGCUUAGUAUAAGUGACUCCAUUUUGGGCCACCUUUCUUAUUUUUAACAAGUGAUGUGUCUAGGUAUUACAUACAUUGGAAUAAGAAUUAAAUAAUGAUCGUGAUAUACAGGAUUUUCCCCUGCUUUUAAAGGAGUAAUCUAUUUAUUGUAAGGAUUAAUAAAAACUGAGAGUACUAAGAGUUUUUAAAGCCAGUGGAAAACUAGCAGGUUUAUAGAAACUUCAGAGGGGUAAGUUAACCCUUAGAUAUUGUAGACUAAAUUUGGUGUGUAUUUGUAUUUUGUGGAGAAAAUAUCUGAGGCUUCUAUAAGAUUUUGAAAACAUCUAAUUUUAUCAAAAUGUUUAAGAAACACUAUGUAAGGUACAUGGCUUUUCUCAGUAAUGUAGAAUAUAUGUUCUUUAAAGUUUUUCAUUAAAAUAAUUCUGAUUUUAGAACACACUUAUCUUUUUUUAAAACCUGAAAUGUAAUUGUUUUAUGGUAUUGUGUUAGUUUCAAAUAUAUAGCAAAGUGAUUCAGAUAUAUGUAUAUAUAUUUUUUCCAGAUUAUUUUCCAUUCUAGGUUAAGAUAUUGAAUAUAGUCCCCGUGCUAUACAGUAAAUCCUUAUUGCUUAUCUAUUUUGUGUAUAGUAGUUUAUACCUGUUAAUCCCAUAUUCCCAGUUUACCUCUCCCCUCCUUUCCUCUUUGGUAACCAUAAGUUUGUUUUCUAUGUCUGUGGGUCUAUUUCUGUUUUGUAUAUAAGUUCAUUUGUAUCAUUUUUUUUAGAUUCCACAUCUAAGCAAUACCAUAUGAUAUUUGUCUUUCUCUGUCUGGCUUACUUCCCUUAGUAUGAUAUUUUCUAGGUCCAUCCAUGUUGCUGUAAAUGGCAAUAUUUCAUUUUUUAUGGCUGAGUAAUAUUCCAUUGUAAUUCCAUUUUGUGUGUGUGUGUGUGUGUAUACAUAUAUAUGUAUGUAUAGAUACCACAUCUUUUUUUGCUUAAUAUUUACUUAUUUAUUUGGCUGCACUGAGUCUUAGUUGUGGCAGGUGGGAUCUUUAGUUGCAGCAUGUGAACUCAAGUUGUGGCAUGUGAACUCUUAGUUGUGGCACGUGGGAUCUAGUUUCCUGACCAGGGAUUGAACCCAGGCCCCCUGCUUUGGGAGCACAGAGUCUUAGCCACUGGACCACUAGGGAAGUCCCUAUAUACCACAUCUUAAACCAAUUGCCUGUUGAUGGGCACUUUAUUUUUAUUAGCCAUUCAGCACGGCUCGCGGGAUCUAUUCCCCCACCAGGGAUUGAACCUGGGCAAUGGCAGUGAAAGUGGGGAGUCCUAACCAUUGGACUGCCAGGGAACUCCUGAAAGUUGCUAAAAGAGUUAAUCUUAAAAGUUCUCAUCACAAAGAAAAAAAUAUGUACCUGUGUGGUGAUGGAUGUUAACUAGACUUAUUGUAGCGAUCAUUUUGCAAUAUAUUCAAAUUUGGAAUCAUGUUGUACACUUGAAACUAACAUAAUGUUAUAUUGUCAAUUAAUCAACAUUCACUCUCAAAAUUUAAGAAAUAUAUAUUAAAACAAUAAGAUAAUAUUUCUAAUGUAUCAGAUGGCAAAGAUUAUAAAGAAUAAUUCCAGUCAGUGUUAAUAAGGUUUCAUGGAAAUAAAUGGGUACAGCCUUUCUGGUGGGUACUUUGGAAGUCAUAUGCGACAUGUACCAUUCUCUGCAUCUCCUACAGGCACAUUUAACAGAAUGUAUAGUUUAUCUCUAGGUUUGCUUUUCUUGGAAUUGUGAAAGCAUCUCUGAAUUUGCUUUCUAGGAAAUUAUUUCCUUUAGGAAUUAAUAUAUAUCUUCUAGGAAUUAAUAUGUAUCUUUUCUAGUCUAAAGAAUACCUCCUGACUUCAGGCAAAUGCUGGAUAAAUAUUAGUUAAAGUAGUCUAGAUCAGUGAUUCUCAACAGGGUAGCACUACUCUGAAAGGGUAUUUCAGUUGUUACAAUAAUGAAGGGGGAGGAAUGGCCCAGGCUGGACCGGCACCAGAGAUAUAUGACAUCUUGCUAUGCAGGGGACAUUCAUAAAGGCCCUGGAGUGAAGAAUAUCAGCGGAAGCAAAGAGAGAGGUCUGGAACUUAAUGGACCGAUAGCUCCCUGGUGGCAAACCUAAAGGGUUGUGUUUUGCAGAGCUGAGAGCGGCCAACGGCCAACCGCCAACACCCACCCCGGUUGGUAUACCGCCACCUCCUUCCUCUCGCGUUUUGCCCAGCUGUUUAGACCCAUCUCGGCUGCCGUGGCUGGGCUGCGCUCAGCUGUUGGGGGGGCGGGGCCUCUGCUAACCAUGGCGGGCGAGCUUGAGAGCUCGAAGUCGCUGAGUGGGCUGCUGAGCGGCCUGGCUCAGGACGCUUUCCAUGGGCACCCGGGCAUCACGGAGGAGCUGCUGCGGAGCCAGCUGUAUCCGGAGGUGCCACCUGAGGAGUUCCUUCCCUUUAUGGCGAAGAUGAAGGGCAUUCUUAAGUCUAUUGCAUCUGCAGACAUGGAUUUCAACCAGCUGGAGGCAUUCUUGACUGCUCAAACCAAAAAGCAAGGUGGGAUCACAUCUGACCAAGCUGCUGUCAUUUCCAAAUUCUGGAAGAGCCAUAAGACAAAAAUCCGAGAGAGCCUCAUGAACCAGAGCCGCUGGGACAGUGGGCUUCGGGGCUUGAGCUGGAGAGUUGAUGGCAAAUCGCAGUCAAGACACUCAGCUCAAAUACACACUCCUGUUGCCAUAAUGGAGCUGGAAAUAGGGAAAAGUGGACAGGGAAAACUAAGAACCAAGUGAUGAAACCAAAAACAUUACUCUCCACUCUCACCAAGUCUUCGAAGCUUCUAGCAAGGGAACUGUAUUUGCAGCUUCUUCCUUCCCUCUGAGCCAUUGUCAUAGAUUGCAAAUUGGUGACUUAUAGGUUUUAGCAGGUGUUAUAUUGGUGCACCCUUAAAAAAAUUUUUUUUAAAUUACAUGCCAGUGUUUAAAA